AACAGAAGACUAUCUAGUUUUUGAGCACAAAACCAUGGACGACGAUGAAGAUCACUCCUUUUUAAGCUCCAUCGUCUUAGCACCAUGGGAGCUGGUGCUCUUCUUCGUUCUUAAUGAUAGUGAAGAAUCGGUUGACUAUGUUGAAGAGAUGUCUGACAAGGGCAUUGUCUACCUCCACCGGUGCCGUCCGUUGGUGGGGCCGUGUCGAUCGAGCUUCGAAGGACCCCAUCAACGGCGUUACAGAAGCAUUUCUUGCCGACCCUUCAUCCAACAAGAUUAAUCUUGGAGUGGGAGCUUACCUUGACGAUGAGGGGAAACCUGUUGUUCUUCAAUGCGUUCGAGAAGCAGAGGCCAAGAUUGCAGCCAGCCAGUUCUUGGGGUCAAUUUCUACUGCUGUUAGUUCAAAAUAUGUUGAGGAAAGUGUAAAAUUGGUGUAUGGAAGGGACUCUGAUGUCAUAAAAGAAGGGACAUAUGCUGGAGUUCAAGCACUCUCUGGUACUGGUGCAUGCCGUCUAUUUGCUGAACUACAGAGACGCUUCUACCCUGGAUCAAUGAUAUAUUUGCCUGAUCCAACUUGGUCCAAUCAUCACAACAUUUGGAGAGAUGCCCAAGUUUGCAAGAGAACCUUCCGCUACUAUGAUCCGGACACGAAGGGCAUAAAUUUUGCAGCACUCGUGGAUGAUAUUAAGAAUGCUCCAAAUGGUUCUUUUUUCUUGCUUCAUCCUUGUGCCCACAAUCCAACUGGGAUUGACCCUACUGAGGAGCAGUGGCAAGAAAUCUCAUAUCUGUUCAAGGUAAAGAACCAUUUCCCCUUCUUUGACAUGGCUUAUCAAGGUGUUGCAAGUGGGGAUCUUGAGAGGGAUGCCAAUGCUAUUCGAAUUUUCCUUAAAGAUGGACAUUUAAUAGGUUGCGCUCAAUCCUUUGCAAAGAACAUGGGGUUAUGUGGACACCGAAUUGGUUGUCUAAGUGUUCUCUGUGAUGACAAGAGGCAAGGAGUUACAAUUAAGAGCCAGCUGCAGCAGAUUGCCAGAGCAAUGUAUGGCAGCCCACCACUUCAUGGUAUGUUACUGGUUUCAACAAUCCUGGGUGAUCCAGAAAUUAAGAGACUCUGGGUCAAAGAGAUGAAGGUCAUGGCUAACCGUGUUCAAAGAAUGCGAGCAACUCUUCGCCAAGUUCUUGAGAAAUUGGGAUCUCCUCUCAAUUGGGAGCACAUAACCAAUCAGGUUGGAAUGUUUUGCUUCUCUGGCUUAAGUCCUGAUCAGGUAGAUCAGCUUGCGAGGGACUUCCACAUAUACAUGAUUCUUGAUGGACGCAUGAGCAUGGCUGGGGUGACAACAGGCAAUGUGAAUUAUUUAGCAAAUGCAAUACAUGAAGUCACUAGAAAUGGCGAGGAAUCGAGGAUUCUUUGUAGGAUUAGCACUUAGAAGGGUGUUUCUGGCCUGCUUAACUACUAGAUACUAGAAUUAAUCCUCUUCAUGGGAUAAUAUGGAAAAUGAAUAAAAUCAUGUGGUGCACAGUUUUAUAGUUAGUGUGUAGGUAGCAGAACUUGAAACCUUAAUGAACUUAUACACAUUGUACAGAAACAAUACAAUAUGUUGCUUGUUGUCCCCGAGGCACAUUAAGGACAUACCAACACAUACAGGUUCAACUGAUUCUUACUGUAUAGAAAUAACGCAGUUCAGAAGUUCAAUUGUUGCUACAACCUUGAUGUGUCUAUCUAUCAUUCAACCAUAUAAAGCAUCUUGUUGCAU